GUGUGUUGAUGUUUUGUUUGCCGCAUUGCCGCCGUCUCUACUGCACGGUGAGCUGAUGGCCGUCACGCAGGAUUCCGGCACAGAGAUCUAGUCGUCUGAGCGCUCUUUUGUUUGCCUGGCAGGUGUGUUGAUGUUUUGUUUGCCGCAUUGCCGCCGUCUCUACUGCACGGUGAUCGCAUGAGCUGAUGGCCGCGACGCAGUAUUCCAGCUUAUACACAUAUGCUCCCACAUGUGUGCUCCGGUAUGCGGGUCCUCUCGCAUUCAUGUGUAUGCGCCAUUGAUUCGUGCAUCCACAGCAUCUGAGCACAAAGCUCUUGGCGUGUUUUAUCGUUAAUUAAUACGCCGACGGAUGGGAAUGCAGUGAGUGUCUAUACAGCGUACAGGGCAUGUCGAGCGGGUCAGCUAUAUCUGGGUCAGAAGGAUAGAAGUGCGAGAGAUGUCUGACUACUGCUAAAAGUCUGUUGGGGCCGGUCCGCCGCUCCUCUCCCUUGCUUGUGUCGCACCCUAGCGGUGGGAUACCGGUGGUGUAGGAUUCAUAUUGUGUCUUUCUUGGCCGUCCCUCCCUCUAUCCCAGUCUGUCUCCCUCCAUGCUUCUCUUCACGCCUCCCUUCCAAUCGCCUUUUUGCUACCUGCCACGCCCUGUGCCUGCCUUUUUUUAUUAUGGUAUCGCGAAGUCCCACGCGGCAGGUCUUUUUUGCAGAUCUGCCACGCUUACGAUUAAUGAUGGGGGGGAGGGGGAAGAUUGAGACAAACAGAAGCUGCCGUGUGAACAAACCCCGAAAAGCAUGAGAAACCACACGCGUUCCUCCUCGAUCGCCUCGACGCGGGAAAUUAGGAGGCGGACAGCACACCCUUCUGAGUAGAUAUAAGACAACCAGCGGGCAAGGAGGCAAACGGAAUCGAGAAACCUUCAUUCGAUUCAUUAAUUCCUAUUCCUGACUUCAUGUCGCCUUCUGCCUGGAGCAGCCUUGUGGCCCGUCGGCAGCAUGGCUAUGGACAAUUUCCUCAAGUUCUUCACCUGCCAGGUGUGCCAGGAGAUAUACAUACGAAUGCAAGUCGUACGUCGCCCCCUGCGGCCACUCCAUCUGCCUCGGCUGCUGCGCAAGCCUCACGGACAACAAGUGAGUGACCGACAUGAAGGACCUGGGUACGCCACUCUCACUCGUCAUUGUGCAGGUGCCCGACGUGCCGCGUGGCCCUUCCGCCCGCGAGAGAGCGCAAGUUUAGCGUGGAUCUGCUGAAUGCGGCGCUGAGUGUUGAAGGCGUCACGGAGAGGGAGCGGGAGAAGAUCGCCGAGGGGGCGCCGGCCAAGUUCAGGCAGGAGAGCACCGUCAUCGCGCUAUUCGUCAAGAACCUCAAAGGUGCGGCGGUUGAGAGGGCGGCGUGGCGCCUCAGGUGGCCCUCUUCCACGUGUGUCCGUGUGUUCAGGUGCAACGAUGUGCUUUGACAUCCGUCCGUCGGCCACUGUGAGGAAGCUCAAGGAGAUGGUGAAGGACCGAGAGGGCAUCGAGAUUGCCCACCAGCGGCUGAUCUAUGCGGGCAAGCAGCUGGACGACAAUGACAAGACGCUCAGGGACUACGGCAUCCAGAAGAACGACACCGUGCACCUCGUCCUCCGGCUGAGAGGAGGCUAAGCGGACUGAUGGCCCAUUCAUUUAUCAGUGUGACCCACCCGUCGUCAAUGCCACUGCAUGCGCACUGUACUCUCUUCUUGAUGGCAUCUCUUUUUUGACGCAGCGCAGCCAGCAGGGAAGUUUCUCGUGUGUGUAUUGUAGCGGUGGUGGUGAUGCGGUCGUGAUGGUGGGGUGUUUGCCGACAGUGGCACACACACGAGAGAGAGUGUUCCUUUCACGUUUAUCCCUUGGACACCUUUUUCACUGUCCGACAGCACGGGUGAGGUUGUGCGUAGAGGACUCAGCGUCGCACAAGAGGUGACGCCCGUGUGUGUGGCCGAUCGUAUGAAGGGACAUUCAUUAAUGCAUUCGUCGUAU